GGUACGCUCAAAGAACAAGACCUUGCUCUGCGAACAUCGACGACGCUCUAUAUAGGGAACUUAUCAUUCUAUACAAGUGAAGACCAGCUAUACGAGUUGUUCGGUCGUGCUGGAGAAGUAAAACGGGUAAUAGUUGGUCUCGAUCGGUUCAAAAAAUCUCCAUGCGGUUUUUGUUUUGUGAUCUACUAUACCCGAGCUGACACGGAAAAUGCAGUGAGAUGCCUGAAUCGCACGAUGCUUGGAUGGCAGGCUAAUUCGAGUUGA